GAGCCCUUUUCGUUGGAGACACAGGGCCCGGCCGUCGGGGUCUCGGGAGGAGGGAAGGAAAGAAAAGACGCGGUCGAGACUGCUCCCCUCCCAGCCUGGCGCCGUGCCCCACGUCUCCAGUGCCACCGUCCUCCCCUCCUCGUCGGCUCCCCUCCGUCUCGCAAGUCAUAGACCCGACGCGGCGUGACACAGGCCCGCGCCCCCGUCCCACACAGCCCGCCCAGGCGGCCUGGACCCCCCCUCAAUCGUGCCCGCUCCCGGCCCGCUGCCACCUGCACGGGCGAUGCCCGCGCUGCCUCCCUCCUCCAUGUCGGCACCCGCCAAGGACAAAGAAUGGAGGGCUGUGACAAGAUGUCGGGUGCAACGCGGAGGGCACCACUACGACGAUAGGCAUCGAGAAAAGUGGGACACUAUAACAAGUCUCAUCGGGAGGCGCCACAGGACGGGGCUUGCGCAGGGGUUUAAAAAAAAGACAUUGGAGGAUUUAGGAUAA